AUGCUGCGUUCAUGUGUUUCCAAUAUUGCACGAAUCCAACGUUCGUCAUUUCAAAUAAGCAUAAGACAUUAUGCCGCCCCGCCGAAAAGAUUCUACAAAAACACGGGUGUUGUUUCGAGUAACGGUCGGUACGAAAUAACGCUUGAUACUCGUAAACUGAAAACUCCGAGAGGACUACCGUUUUAUGUUGAAAGUGAACCGCUUGCCAUUGCGAUCGCUACGGAAUGGGACGCACAAAAAGAAGUGAUUGACCGAUCCUCAAUGCAUCUGACCGCACUAAGCAGUACAGUGAUUGAUAACCCAAACAGCCUGCAGAAGCACGAUAUGGUGAAUUAUUUAGUGAAUUACAUCAACACCGACACUGUUUUAUUCCACUCGAGUGAAGAGCCGGAACUGAAAAACAUACAGAAUCAAGAAUGGACUCCGAUUGUCGAGUGGUGCAACAAACGGUACGAAAUUAAUCUCGCCUCUACGGAUUCGCUCGUCGUGCCAACGUUUGAACCAGGCAUGGCAAUGAAUCUGAGUCGAUAUUUUUCGUCUUACAAUAGUGCUGCCCUGCACGGGUUUGUAUUUGCGGUAGACACGAUAAAAUCGAUCAUUCUUACGAUGGCCUGUGUCGAUCGAUACAUACCGAUCGAGAAGGCAGUCCGGCUGGCCCGGCUUGAGGAGGAAUUCCAGCAGGGCCAUUGGGGUAAGGUAGAAUGGGCUCAUGAUGUUCAGCGUUUAGAUUCGCAGGCCCGACUUUCUGCGGCCGUACUUUACAUUUACUUCAACACCAGCAACGUAUUUGUUAAGGAGAAAAUUUCACUCUAA